CCUCAUCCCAGCAGCUCUUACUCUGCUCUCCUGCUCUUCUGCUGCGACCGCCAUCUCCUUCGAGUGCGCGACUCCGGAGACACCGCGAUCACACGGCCUUUCGACCUCAGUCCGCGCCGUCUCAACCGACACGAUGUCCAGUGUCUCUCUGCCAGAGUUGGACUUCUGGGAGUUCGUGAACUGUGCGCGAUGUCAUCUGCCCUUCGAGACAGACGCAGGAAUGCCGCCCAUCCCUUUCUGGCUCACGGAAUGCGGACAUGUCGUAUGCAACAAUCAUCUCAACGCCGACCAGAGUUGUGCACAAUGCGGUGCGCAAGGGAUACAACUCGUGCCGUUGCAGAAGGAUAUGGAGGCUCCCAUGUCGGAAUGGUUCCGGUCUGUGACACAGACUCUAGACAGUGUGGCCUAUGCAACGAGGUUUCAAAUGGAGACACUUGCCUCGUUGGCACGGCAUUACAAGAACAAAUACAUCCAGCAGCGCUCCCUUAUCGAUCGCCUCAAGAACGAGUUCAAGGCAAUGAAGAAGGCGCUGGAGGACCUGAAGGCCGAGAAUGCUCAACUGCAGCAAUAUGCUGGGUACCAAGGCAUGUCUUCUGACAUCCAAAACGCGAAUGGGAAGCGACGAAUGCUAGCCAACCAUCAGCACCCGAGCGGUGUACGAACGAACUCGAGCCCACGUUCUGUUGUCACUCCAAUAGGUCCAGAUCGGCUAACGCUGCCGCCCGACCGUCAGCAACCCAGUUUCGCGCCCGUCGCACAAGCUCCAGAUCAGAGUACGACUCCGCAUAGGGACAGGCCGGGGUCUAGUCGAUUCGUUCAGCAGUAUGCAUAUCAGCCUGCACACGCUGUCCAUCCAGGCGUUGUGCACGCGUCCUUGUCCCAUGAGCAAGCAGCUCCUAGGCAGGCUUUGUCACGACAAGCGCAAGCGCAACUAUCGUCUGGACGUGCGCAUAUAUCCACCCAGGGUCUUCCUUCUUUCAAUGACGCCGCUACGGAAGGCUACCAUGAGGCGGGGCCGUCGUCCGGCAGUCUUCGGCCAAUUCAAGGAGAUGGUUUUAGAGGCGCCGGUCACGAUAGGACACAGAUGCCGCCACCGCCAACUCCUCAGAUGCCGAGGACGUCUUUACAACAGCGUGCUUCCUUUAGGCCUCCUGCAACACCCCAACUACAACCAUCUGGUGGCUCUCGUCGUUUCUUACCUCCUACGCCGGUUCGACCGAGAGAAACUGCUGCUCCCAACCGUGCAUUGCUUCAACAACCUCGCAACCACCAGGUGCUGCAGACACAGCGCUUCUCAGGACCAUCGAACAUGCAAUCGUUCUCUGGGUCAUCUGCGUCUGGUCAACAACGGAAUCAAGAUCUGGUCUCGGGCCCAUCUCGUGCAACAUCCUUCGCAGCUUCGGGGGGUCAGCGGACGCCCUUCGUACCUAAUCGCUAACACCUUCGAGAGGUCGUCUGAGACUCUGUGUCGUCAUUUACAAUUAGUCUCACUAUCCUAGUGCCUCUGAUUGUAGUGUGUUUGUCUUGCGUGUUAUAUGAUGCGUUUCGAGUCCCG